AUGGCAAAUGUUCGUCCAUUGGAACCUUUAAAAUUAUGUAUUGUAUCAUCUAAAAAUACUAUAGGGUGUAUGUUAGCCCAAGAUGAUGAAAAUGGGCAUGAAUGGGCGGUUUACUACCUUAGUCGCGUUUUAGCUGAUAUCAAAACAAGGUGUUCCCCGAUCAAAAAAUUGUGUUUAUCCCUAUAUCAUGCUUGCAUGAAGUUAAAGUGUUAUAUGGUGGCUAAAUCGGUGAAAGUCAUAGCACAAACUGACCUAAUUAAGUAUAUGUUAAGUUUCUCUAUGUUAAGGGGACAUUUAGGAAAAUGGAUGUUGGCAUUGACAGAAUUUGAUUUACAAUAUGUCCCAGCAAAUGCUGGCAAAGGACAGGUCAUCGCAGAUUUUCUCGUGGAGAAUUCGAAAGAUCUGCAUGACCAAGGGGCAAAUAUAGUUGAUGUGAAAAUCAACUAUUGGAAAUUGUAUUUUGAUGGAUCUAAGCAUAAAGAUGGUGCAGGGGUGAGAAUCCUCAUUAUUUCACUAGAGGGUAUUCCAUCGAAAUUAUUGUUCGAGUUAAAGUAUCCUUGUUCUAAUAAUGUGGCCAAAUAUGAGGCUCUGAUUUUGGGUCUUAAAAUUUUAAUCGACAAAGGAGCUUUAGAGGUUCAGAUUUUAGGGGAUUCACAAUUAGUUUUAAAGCAGCUAUCGAAAGAAUAUAAGUGUAAUAAUGAGAGGUUACAAAAAUAUUUAGUAACUGCUUGGGAAUUAUUAAAGUCUUUUCGAAAGGUUUCCUUGGUGCAUAUCCCUAGAAUUCAUAAUGAAAUUGCUAACGAGUUAGCCCAAAUUGCUUCAAGGUAUCGGGUCUGUUCGGAGACUUUGAAAAAAUUAUCUGGUAUCCAUCAAAUUUUAGUACUGGCAAAUGAAAGAGAGGUUUUGUGUAUGGAUGAAUGGGAGGAUUCUGAUUGGAGAAAGCCUAUUGCUCUUUAUUUAAAGGAUUCCAAUAUUGUAGUUGAUAGAAAGAUAAAGUUACGAGCAAUGAUUUUUGUUUUAUUGGACAAUGAUCUGUAUAAAAAAGGGAUCGAUAGAAGUUUGUUAAGAUGCUUAAGUCGAGAUGAUCAGAAUAUUGUAAAACCCGGUUAA